AUGCUGCAAGCGACCUCGGAUUUGAUGACGGCGUUCUGCCCACAGGGUGGUGGCCGACACUAUGCUGAUGUGAUAAAGGCUGCUCGAAAAUUGCAACGGUGUCCAAGAGAUUCUGGCAACAUCGUUGUAGACCCAGAUCGACAGGUGCUAGAGCUCUUCCAGCUUUACACGGCGUACAAGGAGAAGGCCAUCGACUUGGAGGCGCGGCUCGCUGCCACAGAGGCGUCGCUGGAAGCAGCGCAGGCAAAGAUUUUGAAGCUGGAGUGUCAGAAGGAGCAGAAGGAACCAAAAGAAGUUCAGGCCGAUGAAAAAGCUGCAUGGGCUGAGGUGACUACUGAGGAGCCUGCAUCCGCGCCAAAGAUGAUCAAGAAGUCAUACACUUGCCCAGGCACAACGGAGAACACGGACUCCGACGACGAAGGCUGGGGCUCGUGGACUGACCAAGGCAAGGUCCGCGAAGUCAUCCCUGUCUACAACCCCUUCAAUGAGGUCAAGGGUGGCGGCAAAGGCCAGCGAGGCCGAAAGCGUCAGAAUGACUCCAGCACCUCCAAGUGUCGAACCAAGGACAGGAGCUGCAAACGUACUUGCAGCAUGAGGUGCCCAAAGUGGCGUCGUCAAAGGUCAUAG